CACGCUACUUUUCUUCUGCUUCUCCUUCAUCUCCUCCUUUUUUUUUUCCUUCAUGUCUGUUGAACCUAAAGAACUUUACUACCAGGACCUUGUCCUAGACCAUAAUCAGCAACAGGGCACAGGAGGAUCUACCAUGUAUGAAAAACACUUUUCUUCCUUAGUUCCUUCAGGUUCAACAGCAUUUGAUUCAUCACAAGCCUUUGAUCCAUCGUAUAUGAGCUUCACUGAGUGUUUGCAAGGAGGCAUGGACUACAAUUCACUUGCAACUUCUUUUGGCUUGUCUCCUUCCUCAUCAGAGGUUUUUUCAUCUGUUGAAGGAAAUCAAAAACCGGCAGAAGGAGAUGUAGGUGGUGGCAGUGACACCCUUGCUACCCUUAACUCUUCUAUCUCUUCUUCAUCCUCUGAAGCUGGGGCUGAAGAAGAUUCAGGAAAGAGUAAGAAAGAUAGGCAGGUGAAAGCAGAAGAAGGAGGAGAGAACUCUAAGAAAGGGAACAAGGACAAGAAGAAAGAGAAGAAGCAGAAGGAACCAAGGUUUGCUUUCAUGACUAAGAGUGAGGUUGAUCACCUAGAAGAUGGGUACAGAUGGAGAAAAUAUGGACAGAAAGCUGUCAAGAAUAGCCCUUAUCCAAGGAGCUACUACAGGUGCACUACCCAGAAGUGCACAGUGAAGAAACGCGUAGAGAGGUCAUUUCAAGACCCAACCACUGUGAUAACAACGUAUGAAGGUCAGCACAAUCAUCCGGUCCCCACAUCUCUUAGAGGGAAUGCGGCUGCGGGAAUGUUCACACCACCUUUGCUAACCACACCAACUCCACUCACAGCAGCUGCAGUUGGGUCAAACUUCCCCCAAGAUCUCUUCUUUCAGAUCCAUCAUCACCACCACAACACCCUCUUCACCACACAGCAAACAAACACUACCACUAGUGCUAAUGCUAAUGCUGCUGCUUCCAUUUACUCAUCGCACAACAUUAACAACUCUCUUCUUCACCACCCGUAUCAUCACCAUCAACUUCCUCCUGAAUAUGGCCUCCUUCAAGACAUAGUCCCUUCCAUGUUCCUCAACAAGACCCACCAGAAUUAAUUCAGAUCGAUGCAUGUACUCUCUCUCUCUCUUGCUAUAUAUAGAUAAAUAUAUAAUAUAUGUCUACAUAUAUAUAUUGAUCCUUGGUCUCGUUUAUGAUCCUUUUUGUAUAUAUAGUUAAUUUGGAGAUAGCUUUAUUUAGUUAUGUAAUUCUGACUCAUCAUAUAGUCUAGCCUGCUUCAGAUGCUUUAUUUCGAAGUGGGUUAGCUUGACAUCUGCAAUAGUGGGUGGAGAUCACUGUUUUAAAGAAAAACUAUGGGGUACGUGUUUAGGCAGAGAGUUAAAUUAAGUACUUGUCAGAAACAAGACUUUUUUUUUAUGCAUAUCGGUUGUGUAUGCAUGCAGCCCAUUUCGGAUUUUCACAUCCAAUGAAGAAUGUAACGUUAUUGAUCUGAUUGAAAUGUUACUUGAUGGGUUGGAGGAAAUUGUUACUCUAUUUUGUGUC